AUGCGCAACGAGAACAAGUUAUUCAACAUAAUCUACAAUAUUGUUCAUGAAAAGGGCAAAAAUUAUUUCCCAUUAUUUGAAUUUAUUAAAUUUAAAGAACUUGGCGAUUCAGAGAUGAAGAAAUUUAUGGAAUUUUGCAGCUUACAGAACCCGAGCGAGCCAAUUUGGAAGAAUAUUUGUGCUCGUUUUACAAAAGAACCAAAAGAAUCAAAACAUUCAAUUUCCAGUCCAAAAAGCCAUAAAAUUUCAGUACCAGCGAUUCUUCCUCAUGAAGAUCUGACCGUUGAAACUCCAAUUACAGAAGAACCGACACAAACACCAAGAUCUUCACGUAAAAAGAGUUCUCCCGAAAAAGAAUAUCAAGUCGGACAUGACUUGUUAUCAGGAAUCUUUGCUUCAAUGUCUACAAUGAAAGGAAAAGUUUCUUUGAGUUCAUCAUCCAAAAAUACAGGAUUUAUAUCACUUCUCCUUAAGAAAGACAACAACACAAACUUCUAG